AUGUCUCAUCCCUCGUCCUCCGCCGGCGGCCCCAGUGACCCGAGAAGCCCGGCCGCCCGGCUGGCAUACAUCUCCGAAUUGAUCGCGCAAAGGGACGCCUGCGAGGCUGCCCUGUACGCGCAAUGCGUGGCCAUGGACAUGUUCACGCGCGGGCUUCCCCCUGUCGUUGAGCAGUCCAAGCGGUUUGACAUUUGGAAGAAGCGCGCGGAGACUAUUGUGGACACCCUCGAGGAGUUUCAUGAAUCUCAUGUGUUCGAUGACUCUGCCCGAGGCGAGCGGCUUAUCCAGAACGCAAUGGGGCGGAAACAAUGGGCAGAGAGCCUACUAGAAGAUCCGAGGUCUCUUCAGUCUUGGGCGGAGAGCGAGUUAAAGAAGGUCAAACUUUAG